AUGUAUUUCACCCGGUGCUCGAGUUGCCUAUGGCUUCUCAACGCAUUGAUCACUUUAAUUCCAAGCAGCUAUGCGGCUCAGCAGCAGCCGUUGCACCUAGCUACUAAUGACGUCUCCAAGCGGGUCGCUAUCAUCGGAGCUGGAGCUGGGGGCUCAUUUGCAGCAUACGAAUUGCGUAAACUUGCAGAUGAGGCUGGUAUCCCUCUCAACAUGACCAUAUAUGAGCGUGCCUCGUAUAUCGGUGGCCGCUCAACUACGGUCGAUGCCUUUGACGACCCAGCCUAUCCAAUCGAACUAGGUGCUUCCAUCUUCGUCCAGGUCAACGAAAUACUCGUGAAUGCAUCACGCGAUCUCGGUCUUGGUGUUCGCAGCGCCGACCACGCCCGACCCAAGGAAGCCGAGGAGUCCAUCGGUAUCUGGGAUGGAACGCAGUUUGUCUUUACACUCAAAAAUAGCUAUAGUUGGUGGAACAUUGGCCGGCUCUUCUGGCGAUAUGGUCUAGCGCCGCUCUACACACAGAACUUGAUGAAGAAUAUCGUGGGCAGGUUUCUACGUCUUUACGAGGAACCGAUUUUCCCAUUCCAGUCACUUUCCGAGGCUGCGGCAGAGGUUGAUCUGUUGGAUGCAACCUCAACACCUGGAAAUCAAUUUCUUGAUACCAACGGAAUUGGGCAGCUGUUUGCUCGGGAGAUCAUUCAAGCGAGUACCCGUGUGAACUAUGGUCAGAAUUUGGCGGUCAUCCACGGCUUGGAAUCGAUGGUCUGCAUGGCCACAGAUGGGGCAGUGUCAAUCGACGGUGGAAAUUGGCAGAUAUUCGACGGUGCAGCCAAAGCUUCCAAGGCGGGUGUGCGAUUGAACACAACUGUCACGGCAAUCGAACGGAAGGACGAUGGUACAGUUCGAAUUAUUUCUCACCCGACAGGGGACUUGGACUCAGUACAGUCAUCCGAAGAGGCGGAGUACGACGAGGUUAUCAUUGCAGGACCGCUCCAGUACUCUGGCAUCUCCAUUUCUCCCCCAUUGGAUCAUAUCCCUGACGAAAUCCCCUACAUUAAAUUGCAUGUAACACUCUUUUCGACUCCUCACCGUAUCUCACCGGCAUACUUUGGCCUUGAUGGAAAGAAUGCCCGUACUCCAGAGGCGAUUCUUACCACUCAUCCAGAGGGUGACUGGCCCAGCGAUGACCCGUCAGGAGUCGGCCCAGCUGGAUUCUGGAGCAUCAGCACACUGCGAACAGUGACUCGAACAGCCAUGAAGGAUGGCGAAGAGGUCCCCGAACAACAUUAUGUGUAUAAGAUCUUCUCGCCGGAGCGACCCUCCGCUAAAAUGAUCGCUCAGGUAUUCGACAUCGAAUAUAAUGACACCAGCUCAGUGGUCAUUCCACGAACCAACACGAGCAUUGGUGACCUUCCGAAGAGCGAGAUUAGCUGGUUCCACGAGAAAGUCUGGAAUCCGUAUCCAGUUUUGUACCCCCGAGUGACAUUUGAGGAAACCCUUUUGGCCCCGAGAGUGUGGUACACAAGUGGGAUCGAGAGCUUUAUCUCCACCAUGGAGACAAGUGCAUUGAUGGGACGGAACGUGGCGGCGCUCAUGCUGCAGUCGUGGCAGCAAAAUAGUAAGCAGGGUAAUCGCAGCAAUGCGGCAUCCUUCAAGCCGAGGACUGAACUGUGA